AUGGAUGCCACUGAUCAUAUUAAGUGGGGGGUGUUUGUGCUCCAGGCUUGGAGGUUAAUGGUGAGGUUUUUAACAAUUGAUUCCAAGUUGAUGUGGGCCAGUAUGGGUACAAAGAUACUGGUUUCACUUGUUGCAUGGUCACUAAUUGUGUGGAAAGCAAUGUUUUGGGGGUCAUUAGGUGCAAGGAAGGCACUAUCACAGGAGACUCUUUCCCCAUCCUCAUUAAUCUUGUGGAUUGAACUGUAUGAGAUUUUGACUGUUGGGUGGGCUAUGUCAUCUGGUGCCUGCAGUUGGGCCAUGUGGGAGCUCAUUUGUGGGACUGGGGGGUGUAGUAUGUGGAAGGAGUUUUCAAUGGGGCCAGCCUCAGCACUUGGUGGUAUCAUGGAGGACAUUGCAAGUUUUGCAGAUGCAUGA